UUCACCUGCCGCAGGGUUCUUCAAACUGGCAGAGUGGCGCCAAGAACAACACCUCUCCUCGCUCUCUGCCUACUGAUUGAGCGGUCAUCUCGCGGAGGAGCCGAUGGUAUAGUUAAUCAGUAUAGCGGAGCUUCGUUGAGUUAUUUAUGCUCGAAUGUCUAAUGUGGUUCGCUGUCGAAGUGCGCACAAACUGUUCGAUAAAGUCACCAAGAGACGCCAAGCUUCUCAGACAUCGCCAAACUGCAAAGCCAAUAUUUCUUUAUGUCGGAAACGAUUGAAUUUGGUGGACCCUUUUGAAUAUUUUAACCAGAAUGAUCUUCCUAAAUCAUGGACAUCGAAAAUUUCGAGUUUAGUCAGGGAAUACCGGCCUCAGGAGGCCAUGGGUUUAUUCAAAGCAAUGCUCGUCAAUGAACAAAGGCCAAACUUCGUGACGGUCUUAAGUGUGAUAAGAGCUGUUGGUUUACUUGGUUCGAAAAAUUUGGUGUGUGGAAUCCAUGGGUACUCCAUAAAAAUGGGUUUAAUCGAUUCACAGGUAUCAAUUGUAACAGCGCUGAUUGGUGUUUACUCUAACUGGGAUAUGGGGAGUGCAUGGAAAUUAUUCAAUCGGACACCUAAUAAAGAUGUUGUCUUGUGCAGUGCGAUGGUUUUGGCAUGUGUGAGCAAUGAGGAGUAUUUGGAAGCAUUUAAGUUAGUAAAGGAGAUGAUGCUUUUUGACAUACAACCUAAUCAUGUGACAAUUUCAAGUAUACUGCCUGCUUGUGCUGAUCUUGCUGCAUUGAAGCUUGGGAGAGAAAUUCAUGGUUACUCUAUCAAAAGGCCACUUUAUUGCCAUACAAGUUGUCAGAAUUCACUUAUGGAUAUGUAUUCCAAAUGCAGGAACUUAGAGUCAGCACUUCAAGUUUUCAGACACAUGGAGAACAAAGAUAUCAUUUCUUGGAGGAUCAUGAUACAUGGUUCUGUUGAAAAUGAAAUCCCAGAAAAAGCGUUGCUGCUCUUUCUUGAAUUGCUAGCCUGCAGUGUCAAAGGAGUAGAUGAAUGUAUAAUCCAAGAUGUUCUUGGAGCAUAUUCUCAAUUGGAUGAGAAUCAUAUAAGGGAGGGACUUCAUAGCCUUGUAUUCAAAAUGGGAUUUACAGCAUUUAUUUCUGUGAUGACUGAACUUCUUCAAGUGUAUGUUAAAUUUGGCGACAUUGAUUCGGCUAGGAAUAUAUUUGAUCAGCUUAAAUAUAAAGAUUUUAUUGCUUGGAGCUCGAUGAUUGCAGUUUAUGCUCAAAGUACGCAACCUAAGAAUGCCUUUGAUAUAUUAAGAGAGAUGCAAUUGGCUGACCAGAAACCUAAUGAGUUCACUUUUGUAAGUUUACUGAUGGCCUGUACUUCAUUGGAUGCUAAAGAGAUCGGCGAAAGCAUACAUGCGCAGAUAACAAAAGAUGGACAUUCGACCAAUGCAUUUUUGACAUCUGCACUGAUUGAUAUGUACUGCAAACUUGGAAGAACAAGUGAGGGAAAGGCUGUUUUUGAUGAAAACCCCAGCAAAGAUUUGAUAUGUUGGAGUUCAAUGAUAAAUGGGUAUGGGAUUAAUGGCUGUGGAGAGGAGGCUCUUCAUUGUUUUUCAAAUAUGUUGUCGUAUGGGAUAGAGCCUAAUGAUGUUGUCUUCAUAUCACUUCUCUCUGCUUGUAGCCACUGUGGGCUGGAGUACGAAGGUUGGAAUUGGUUUCAUGCAAUGGAAUCCAUGUAUGGUGUUAAGCCAAAACUUGCACACUAUGCUUGCAUGGUGGAUAUGCUUAGCCGUCAAGGAAACAUUGAAGAAGCUCUUGAAUUUGUGAACAAUAUGCCCAUUGAACCUGAUAGGCGGAUAUGGGGAGCUCUUCUUGCUGGAUGCCGAAACAUUCAUGGACCUACUGAAAUUCUGGAAAUUGUUGCCAAGAAGCUCAUCAGUUUGGAUCCAGAAAAUACCAGCUACUAUGUGGUUCUCUCCAACUUGUAUGCUGACCAGGGUAGAUGGGAAGAAGUUGAGAAGUUGAGAAAUAUGAUUGACACUAAACCACUGAAGAAAGUUAUGGCUUAUAGCACAAUCUGAGCUAAAUUACGAAGGGUAGUUUAUUGAAGUCUUGAUCCAAGGUAUCUGAUUCAGGGUCGUAGAAGAUUUAUUUAUGGAUAUAGAAAUUACUGUAGCAAAUGCAAAGCAACAUUAUCUUUGAGGAAACCAACUCAAACCAGUAAAUCUGUUGAACAGAAUAAAACUUGAUCAGUUGUUCCCUUGCUACGGUGCAGAGAAAGACACAUAAGGUACUCCUUUUGUAGUGGGACUGCCAUGUAAUUUGAGAUGGUGAGAUUCUUUCUGCCUCUGGUAAUUCCACAGAAUUAGGACACAUGGCUUCAUAAUGGGUCCCUUGAGAGGCUUAGGUAUGAAUACAUUGUACAGCAGCACACAACAGCAGAAAAAAGUAGAGACUGCAUGGGUGCACUUAUAAAUCAAAAGCAGAACAGAUGUUUAUUUAAGUUGAUGCUGACAAAAGCACCAAUCUCUAUUCCAAAGUGCUAAAUAUGAUUAGUAGCUGUAACUGAUUGAAGAAGAUGCUUUAGUUUAUUCAUGCUAAUGGUUAGCAGAAAAUCUCAAAAAGGCUCAAACAAAGGUAUGGGGUUCUUAAGGCAUCAAAAGCUCAAGAGUGGAGCCUUUGGAGUUUCAUAGUUGUAUCAGGUUAGAGCUCAAUGACUGCAGUACUGCUCUUACAUUUGCUAGGAAAUUCUCUUCUGUAGGUUGCUACCAUUCCAACCUACUGUAUUGUUAGGCAUUUUGAGGAUGCGAUGAGGACGAGUCAUCUUCAUGUUCCUCUUCUAGAUUCCAGGGACACCAACUUAUCAUGUUAUUGUUCUAUGUGGCACUCAAGUAUGCAGAAGCAAGACUUCAUCAGGGAACCCUGAUAAAAUAUACUGGAAUGAGAAAUUUACAUUUGAACUGCCACCAUCCGAAUUAGAAAAUCUUAGCCACCUUAAACUUAGAAUCGUAAACGAGGAGUACUUCACUGAUGGCGAAUUUGUGGGUGAAACCAUGUAAGAGUUUCACUGUUACAUAUGCUUCUCUUGUGUCCCUUUUGUUGUUUCAUAAUCUUGUGAGUUUAUAAUACCAUCUUUGCUUUCAAGAAUUUUCCUGAAAGGAAUAAUUGUGGAGAGUAAUUACAAAGGCUUGGUAGAACUGAAUCCAGCCCCGUUCAACGUGGUGCUCGAAGAUGACACUUACAAAGGACAGAUAACAGUAGGAUUGAAGUUCAUCCCGAAUGUCGUAGUGGAGAUCCACACAUCAAGAUUGCUGCUUAUGGUGGCAAUUUUUGGUGCGCCUUUUACUCUCACAUGAAAUCUGUAUUAAGCAGUGUGCUGGUGUACUGUGCUAUUAGCAGAGCAGCAAAUAAGAGCUGCAUGAAAUAGUUGGUGAAAUGUAUACAUGGAUGUAACCAGACAAAAUUUAUGCAUUAAUUUUUGCUAAUAAGUUCAUGCCCUACAUUCGACUGAGUCAUUUAGGACAUUUCCC